AAGAAAAACAAGAACAAGAAUCGCACCGUUUCCUGGUGACGUAAACACAGAACCAUGAAGGUAAAAUUCUAAGCACUUAGUUUACAAUCGAUUUUCUAUCAUAGCUACAACCGAAAGACAUCGGCGAAAAUGUUCAAAGGGUGGGGAACGUGGCUGGGUAUAGAGAACACCUCGACGACAGAGGAGAGCGAAGUGGCUGACGUUGCUGUGGAGGAGAAAAUUGUUCAAGACCAAAAUGAAGUAAACAAACAACACGAACCUCCAGCAACAGAAGAACUGGGGCAGGAGGACGGAGACACUGUCCAACUCAUCUCUCAGCAAGCUAAAGGAUUCGGUGGCUUAAUAUUCAACUUUGCCAGCAAUGCUACCAAGAAGAUCUCCAACUCUGUGGCAGAGACCGCACACACCAUCAAGAAGAGCGUGGAAGAAGGGAACAUAGAUGGAAUCUUUGACAAGACUAUUUUGGGGGAUUUCAAAAAAGAACAGGACAAAUUUGUCCAAGAAAAGAAAGCCAAGAAAUCAGACACAGCUGUACCACCAUGGGUUGGCUACAGUGAGGAGGAGACCAUGCAGCAACAGAUCCUGGCUUUGUCUGCUGACAGGAGGAACUUCCUGAGAGACCCACCAGCUGGAGUUCAGUUCCAGUUCGACUCUGAGCAGAUGUAUCCUAUCGCCAUGGUGAUGCUGCAGGAAGAUGAGCUACUGAACAGGAUGCGCUUCGACCUGGUCCCCAAACAAGUGAAGGAGGAUGUGUUCUGGAGGAACUACUUCUACCGUGUGUCCCUGAUAAAGCAGUCGGCCCAGCUCACGGCCCUGGCAGCACAGCAGCAGGCUGUGGACCACAGAGAGGAGCAGAAGCCCAUCAGCCCGGAGGGUGUCAGCCUCACAGAAAAUACCAUCAGACCAAAAACACCUCCAGUAUCCAUUAGUGACAUUCCCAAGAGUGGAGAGCAGGAGGAAGAGGAGAAUGAGAUCUCCACCAGCCCUGGGGUCUCUGAGUUUGUGAGCGAUGCCUUUGACUCCUGUAACAUCGACCAUGAAGACCUGAGGAAAGAGAUGGAACAGCUGGUGCUGGACAAGAAGGAGGACACUGCAACUCCAGAGGAGGAGACAGCAGACUGGGAGAAGGAACUCCAGGCAGAGUUACAGGAGUAUGAGGUGGUGACGGAGGCAGACAACAAAGAUGACAACUGGGAUAAAGAGAUCGAGAAGAUGCUUCAGUUGGAUGAGUAGAGUGAUGACCGACCCAUCUUGCUUCAGUCUAGUAUCUCUUGAUAUGAGAGAGAGCACCAUGAAGGAUCAGAAACCAUGACCGUGUCUCGUCUAGACCAUAGAAAUAGAAUGGUAUAGAAAUGAAGGGAACUGCUGCAUACAAACAAUUAACUGUUUGUUUCAGCACACUCUAGAAUGGGAACAUCUAUGGGGUAUGUUCAGAUCUGGUGGUGGUCAGGUGUUGAAAUACUGUAUAAUAUACAUUUUCUGUCUGUACAGUUUAGUGGCUGGCUGUCAUUUUAGCUGUGAACGUUUAUGGCUGAGGAGGCAACUGACAUAUUGCAUAUUGUUAUUUUUUUUCUCUAUUCUGCUCUUUUCUUUUUCUGGAAUUCUUUUGCAAUUGGGAUGUGUACAUCUCUCCAAAUAAUACUUGUUUCUGUGCUACUCAAAAUCCUGCUUUCAGUUUUUCCCUAAUAAAUAUACUUCUUUCCAA